CUUGGCGCUAUCGUCCCGCUCACUUGCACCAGAGCGCACUUUCCGGGGCACAUUGCCCUUGCUCGACGAUCUGGAGAGCCCACUCACCUGUCUAGGAUAAAAUCUGGAGCAGUUUUAGCGAAAAUGGCUUCAUCAUACCCUCAGAUCCUUCCCAUCCCGCUCUCUCACUGGCGCCAUGAAUCCGCUAUGUGGCUACUUCCUUAGCGAAUGACUUCGCUGAUCUUCAAGCUCCAGCUGUCAGCUUGUGACCAUGAUACCUCCCGGUUUACAAAUGCGGAGUCGACUCCGAGUCUAGGGUCAGAGCUGGAGAUGAACAGAAGCUUGUCUCACUCCAACGGUUCGUAUACCGAUGUACAUCUGAGGGAUGCUUUCAUGCCCACAAAUCCAUCCACUGCGUCAACUUCCGCGGGUCCCUUUGACGCCACGGUGUACAACCCAUCUCAUGACCCUACCCAUCACACGACUCGGACUAUGUCGACUUUGGCUCCAUUAGGGACGCCUCGGCCAUAUCACAUUGCGCAGCGUUCAAGGAAUCCGGCGGUUCGCAACUGCUUUAUCCGCCUCAAGCCGUCCAGCGCGCUCCAGACCUUCCUUGCACCAAGGCGCUGCAACGCCCCCGUCCUCUGCUCCUGCCCCUCCUCUGCGCACGAUCCGGUGGAAAUGUCCCCACUGUCCGCAUGUCCAGCGUUACCAUCACUAGCCCGACCUUCAGAGACACACCAACACGCACUGGCACAAACGCGGAUCGGCCGUUGCGCUCUGGGGGUGCUCCGGGCUCCCGACCGAGUGCGCGAUUGAGGACGGGGUGCCCACGGAGGUCGUGAGAGAGGUGCUAGUAUACGAGUUACAAGGGAGAAGGAUAGCCGGAGUGUGUGGAAAGACGUUCUGUCGGCGGGGGACGUUGGAUGAGGCAUCCGAGGAAGAAGGGGAGGUGUUUCGGAGCCGCGUUGGCGGAGUUGCAACCGGGAAAUAGGAAGUUGGGAGAGGAAGAUGCCUGGGCGUCGCUAUGAACUGCCGUCUCUGGUCCAACUCUAGUCUCCUGUACGGUACUCAUACUGGCGCUCUCAUACCUACGCCUGGCAGACUACUACCUGAAGGCGAAUCUCUUAGGAAGAC